AUGUCUGACUCGGGGCCUUUGUUCACUCUUAUAAUGUCAUCCUCGUCCGGCUAUGCGACCAACACCUUACGGAGAGCCUAUCGUGCAGUCUUUGGAAGAGACCCCCCUCCCGACGAGCGGGACGACCAAAUCCUACUCUGGAUCAAAAUCUGCUCUGCCGUAGGGGUGGAUCAUGACCUCGUCAGAACGAUAAAACGGUUCUUUCCUGCCUUGCCUGAUCUCAGCCAGUUGAAUGUCGUUGGUCAUCUUCUUGACCUUCCAUUGGCUUUGCGACACAACGUUACAGCCUACAAAUCGAUUGAUGCCCUCGAAUUUAUGAGACGCCUUCAGAGCUCAGCCGAACUUCCCGGACCAGAGCCGAGCACAGGAGAUAAGUCGGUGCUGCACAGGCGUGAACAGCACGUAACCGCCAUCUGCCAUACCCUACUAUCAUUCGUCGGUUUCGAGCUUGCGUCUAGACACAAGACCCCGACGACGAACAAACUCGCACUUUCAAAAGAGACCGCUCAACCCACCAGGAUCCUCUCCUAUUCCAUCGACUCGUCGUGGUGGUUCACUCUCACCGUGCAGAUUACCGAUUUUCCAGACCCAGACGACCCCGAUGUCCUCGUCUCGAUAAGGUGGAAGCAUGCCAGUGUCAAGAGCCGAACCCAUCCUGUCUGCUGUGUCAUCAACUUUGUUGAUUUUUUCAACGAACCUACGGCGUUCCCGCCCUCGGGCCAGUUCGACAGGAUUGAAGACGUGGGAUUCGAGAGCUCAGCGGAGUACGUGGGGUUUGUACGGAUGAUGCAGGAGAGUUUGCUGGGGCCUUUGUGGGAGAAUAUCCGGGAAAAGGCUCAGGAUGUGGAUCCCCCUGCUGAGCACAGCUCGCACGAACAAUCCACCCAGACAGACCUACAGGAGCAAACCAGAACGUUGCGAGAGAGGGGCACAGGCUCCACGAUGCACCCGGAGGAUGUCUGACAUUGAGUAGUAGCCUAGAUGUAUCCUACCGCCUGGAAUUUUACUCGAUACUAGUAGCACACAUUUGAUUUUGACCAGCGGAUCACACCGCACCGUCCUGUCCAUCGCUACGACCCAUCUGCCAAGCUAGUCAACAAGACAGGAUUGGCAUUGUCUCAUGUGGUACAUGUAGCAUUGGUUGCGAAACCAGAGUCUGGCACUAGAAGCGUGGUUCUACGCUGACGAGGAAGAACAACGGCGGGGACAGUUCACCGGACGACACAUACAACGACGGAGGCUAGCUCGUCAUGGAAUAAACGGGGUCAUUGGCCUGAAAGUGUUAUACCACCAGAAUGCAAACCGUAACAGAUGAGAGGUGCACACUUUCUCUCCCUUUCGUUUGCAAACGAUGCUGGACUACGCGUCAUGGAUGGAAGCAGCGGGGGUGUUCACAUUUUUGGUAC